AUGGAAUUUUUUUAGGAAGAGGAAGAAGAACAUCCAGAAUAAAAAGGAUGUUGCGCCUUUUUAACAGUCCAAUAUUAUUAACCUUACUUCAAUGUCUCUGAAGAUGAUGUGAUUGACAGAAUCAAGGCCUCCUUUCUCCCUUUCCGAAGAGACUUUCAUGAGCGAGUUGCAGGAAAUCCCGAUCUGUAAAUUCUAGCACUAUACAUCUAGAUGGGGUCCUUUAUGGAUUAGUGCAACAAUUAUCUUUCUAAUUACGGCUGUCGCAAAUAUCAACUAAAUGAAUUUUGAAGGAUAAACAACAUAUUCAGUAGACUAUGUUCCUUAAUCAGCAGCACUCCUAUAUUGCAUAAGUUUUGGAACACCUGUCAUACUUACAAUCGUAAUGAAGAUUCUUGGCAGCGAUAUCCGAUUCUUUCAUACUCUGUGUCUUUAUGGCUAUUCCAUGUCAAUUUUGAUGCCCAUAACCAUAUUGUGCGUAAUUCGAAAUUCCUAUGUGUAAUGGUGUUUGGUUGGCUAUGGAAUGAUCAGCUCCUCAAGCUUCUUGAUAAUGGGAAUGAGAAAGUAAUCAACCAUAUUAAUUUAGAAUUUUAGGGGAUUUAGAAUAAGCCAAAAGAUACAUCAUAGUUGGAAUAGUUUUAGCCAUGUAAUUUAGUCUAUAUCUGCUAUAUAAACUAGUAUUUUUUAAAGUUAUAGAAAAGAAUUCAACAGAAUGA